AUGGAUUCCGUAGACUUUGGGCAAGUUUUUUGGGGGCCUAAUGCUUUAUUUCGCGCGGUUGGAUACGACUUUCAACGGUUGCCACGGCCUUAUUGGCGACAGAUACUUAUGAAAGCAGUUCUUGUAUUUAUGAUCCUCAGCGCCAUAUGUAUCCGCAUCUAUAUGUUUAUGUCACUGCGAGAGCUUGUCAUAAGAGAUGACAUUCUGAACAGUUUCCGUUUAGGCGCCUUCAUCGCCUAUGGCAUCGAUUCAAACGUGAAGUUUGCAUAUUUUAUUUUUAAUGCACACCGUUUACGUCAAAUUUACGACUUCUUAGCAGCAGAGUAUCCACAAACAGCCAGUGAGCAAAAAUUAUAUAAAAUUGAUAUAUACGGUUUUCAAAGGGCACCUGUCAUGAUUUGUGCUUAUAUGGCCGUUGUUGCAUCGAUAAUGCUUAGCCCGCUGUUGCAAUCAAUUGUCACGUAUAUUAUUGAUAUAUAUCGUUUUGGUUAUGAUGCAGCAGAAUAUCCAUAUUUGCAUCCAAUACCAAUGCCAUACAACUUCGACUAUUGUACGCCACGUUAUUACAUACCCGUUUAUAUGGUGGAGUCUUUAAAUGGUCACUUUAGUUCCACAACCAACUUGGGUACCGAUUUAUUUAUAAGCAUAUUUUCGGGUCAAUUAUGUAUGCAGUUGGAAUACUUGGGCUACUCUCUUGAGACUUAUCAACCAAGUAUGGAGAAAUCAGAGGAAGACUGUGAUUUCCUAAGGAAGUGGAUUAGAAAACAUCAACUAAUGCUUGGUCUCUGUGCAGAUCUAGAUGAAGUUUUUGGUACAACCCUUCUGUGUAAAUUAAUAACAAACUGCACCUACUUUUGCAUAAUUGUUGCUCAGCUCAUGCUGGAAGGUUAUGGUUAUGGUUUUCUUAAUUUUGGAAGCUUCUUUUUCCUUACUGUUGCCCAAUUUUUUAUGGUAUGCCAAUACGGGCAGAAUCUGAUUACAAUA